AGGUGUGAUGAACCCGGGAUGCACACAGUCAGAAUCAUAAAAAGAGGGGAACACCUUGAGAGAGGCGCAGGCGAGCCGCCCCGGUGGCGACGUGCCGAGGAGGACCGGUGGCGAAGCGCAGCCCCGGGCCUGGGUGGCCCGUGUGUAGGGGCGAGCCAGCGUGCCGCAGGAAUGUGUGCAGCCGAGAGGCACAUGCUCGGACAUUACUCUGUCUAGUGCUCUUGAUCGUUUUUUAAGUCCUCUUUCAGAACAACUGCUGCGCCCACGGACGGAAACCCAUAAUUGGACGCGAGCCAAUGACGCGCUGAAAAUAACCAGGUUAGCGCACAGUACCGGUCCAUUUUGGGGAGGGCCCAGCCAGCGUUAGGGCGCAGCACCAUAUAUCACCUCCUUCCAGCAGUUUGGGAAUAUCCUACACGGAUUUUUCGAGGCUUUAACAUGGCAGUGGCACGCUGCCUUUCACCCCUUUUUACCCCGUCUUUCCAGAAUGGAAACUGGAUGACUGGACUGAGUGCGCACUGGGAAUCUCACGGCGAGGAAACGCAGACGCUUUUUUUUUUUUUUUUUUUUUCCUCUGAAGAGGGGUGGGGUGGGGUAGGGGUCAGGAGAAGGGAGGAUGGGACAAGGCGCGACACUGUUGCAUGUUUUUUCUUCUUAUUGGACAUACGAGAGAAAAAAAAAAAGAUGGGCCAGGGGUUGGACUGUCCCACUUUUCCCAAAAGACAAUUCGCCCCUCACCCCCUCCCCCCUCCACCCCCAAAAGGGAUAGUCUUGCACAGAUUUGGGAUGCGCGCAACACCAAGCGACCACCUAUUAGUUGGGCGGCGGUGGCGCUGGAGCUGGUGCUGGACCGGUGAAGUUAAACUUCGCUUUGCGAAGACGCGACCUCCUGCGGGCAGACAGGCAGAGAGUCGUGCAGACAGCGGCACGGCCAGCCAGACGCGGCCCCCCCAUUGGCUGCGGGAUGCCGACACCUGUCCGGAGCACAGUGUCAAUGUGAGCGAUGUGAGGGCCAUAAUAUCGACAGAGCCCGUUUACAUGCACAGAGGGAAUCAGAUGGCUUGGGAAAUCAGAUCUAACUCGUUUACAUGCAGUCCAGAAGUGCUUUACCUGCAGUGGGUCUUUGCUGAUUUCUUACAUGUCCUGCUGCUAUUUGCCAUGAUUGCUGACGUACUCGAGAGAUCGGAUAACCCUGGAAAAAUUGGACUACAAUUUUUUGUGCAUGUAAACGAGCUGCAUUUUCUUUGUUGUAAAGGAAAAGUCAGUGGUCUGUGCCCACUCUUGAGUCACCCAGUGACUGUUAUAUUCAGCCUGUAUGUAUUGAGCUUUUAUUUCUAUCUGUGUUAAAACGGUUUAAAAGCUUACUAACAAACAGCAAAUAUUAAUGACAGCACAUGCUGCUGAUUUUCCCUGUCUUUCACUUAUUUCUAUUGUCUCGUUGUGGGUGCUUUGCCUUUAAACCAGUGGAAUUGCCAGCCUGAUUGGUGGCGGGGUCGCCAAUCAGUUAAGGCUAUUCCAAGGAAAAUUGUAUACAUACAUAUGAGCCUUUGGGAUGAUUUAGAUUUUUUUUUGUCAUGGGGCCCAAAAUUUGUGAUGCUGAUUGGUGGUGUAACACACAAUUAUUUGGUUGAGAAGAAAAAGAAGUUUUUAUGCAGAGCUGAUAUGCGAGACUAUCGGUUAAUAUUUGUAGAACCAAUGAAUUUUUGGGAUUUAAGUUGAACCAAGUUAUCUACUGUCCCUGAUCUGAGAAUAUCGUGGAUUGGGCCUCCGUCCUCCUCUCUUAUUCUAAAUCUGAGAACGCUCUGACCCCUGUGUACCGAGAGUAGGACACUUAGUACUUACAUAUACCACAUAGAAGCCUAGUUUAAAGGAAAAAAAAGGUAAAAUAUCUCUUUCAAAUGUUUUCACUACUCUUAAAAGCCAUACAUUGUAGAAUGUAGAGAUGAUGCUAGAUUUAGUCCUUUUUCCUGGAAAGAAACAACUGAUACACUUUUAAAUCCCUCAAAACCGUACCUUAAAUAUAAUCAGCCCAAAAAGUUCAACAUAAUUCUGUCUAUGUCUAUGGUUAUCGAGCUAUGAGGGAGUUAUUGCUUGCAUGCAGGAUGCUUCUCUGGGACUGUUUUGAAAGGACAUCGGGUCAGAAAAGUCAUUUUCUUGUUAGUUUUCACCUGAGCUAUUUAAAUCCAGGAGCAGACGACACACAGACGAUCACCGUGUUGAGAUCUAGUGAUUUUCAAGUUGAAAUCCGAUCUCGCUCUCUUUCUCUGCAUCUGUGUGGUUGGUUGAUAUUGUGGUGAAAUCCCGUUGGAAACGAAUAAACAGCAACUUAACCAUCCGAGGCCGCAACGACCACCGGUGAGCCUGGUGGAUCACAGUAUCAGUGCAAGCGCUUCUUUUUAAAAAGUUGAUAAAAGCAGACUGUUCUCCGGCCGAAGCUGUAGCCCCAGACCAUAUAUGUUGGAAUGCAGAGCAGCCUGUUGCUCAGGGACCCAGUCAUUGACUGGAACCGCAGCGAGGAUGGGGUUUGUGACUGCAGGGGUUUGGGACAACGGCGCAGAAAUGCUGACAUAGUUGAUUCUGGGACCAAGAGCUCUGGUCCACAACAAGCUCUUCAAUAGAACAGAAACGCCACUCUAAGUUUGGAAAUGCGGGUGGCUUUUUUUUUUUUUUUUUUUUUUUUUGGGGCACUUUCUACUCUUAGCUUCACGCUGCAGGAGAUGAAGUAGAAAAACCUUGGUAAUAUAGCCCAAAGAGCAUCCCCCCCUUCAUGUGCAUGCAUGCUUGCACAUAAAGAGCAAAACUGGUCCUGUUCUUCUUUCUGCUUCAGAGUAACAAACCUGUGCCCUUGAUUCAUUUAUCUGUGAAAACAGGCAAAUAUAUUUAUAUAACUGUUAUAUAUAAUAGGCCAAAAUAUCUGCGAUGAAGCGGCGAGUUUAUCUUCUUAACUUCCUCGUGAGUUCAUGUUAAAAGCUGCCAGUCAUGUCUGCCCAGAGCCAAAAUGUAAAGGGGGAACCAGCGAAGUCGGAGCGAGGCUUCCACUUUCAGAUUUAUAGCCACAGGGUCACCAGUGGAAGUGGAGCCGGAGCGGAGUGGUGCAGAACUCUCCUCCCCCCCUUCCAGCCCUCCUUCGCCUUCCCCCGCUCCACACUGGGUGUACAUCCAGGUGAAC